UGUAACUUGUUGCUGUAACAGAGAAACUUCCCAAUCUGCCCAUCUCGGUUUCAAAGCGCAUCAGCAGUGCUUUUAUUUUGUCACGCUAGCCGGAAGUGCGUGCGCGUACGUGUGACUGCUGUGUGGGUUUUGACGGUGGUGAAUUAGUGCAGGGGAGUGGAGAGAGACGCUGGGAGAGGACUCAAACACUCACUCACACACACUCACUCACUCACACACACACACAGACGCGCACGCACAGACGCACUCGACCCACACUUGGAGGUAAAGGACGCACCAAAAGACGCAAGAAGGGCUUUCUUUUUCACUGAUAUUCUGCGCUUUCUCUCUCUCUCUCUAUCUCUCUCUCUCUUGCUCAACGGCAGGAGAAAGAAAAAGUUUCCUGAAAGAGAGGAAGAGGAGAGGAGUGUCGCUCGGUCGGAGCACGCAGAGACAAGCUCGCGCUCUUUGACUCUUGUCCUGGAAAUAAUUUUUUUAUUUUUAUUUUUUAGAUUAUUUUUGAAUGUUACGCGCCUUGCUGUCCUGGGGGGAUUCCGUCUGUGCGGGCUUUCCUUUGCUGCACAAAUCCACACGCCAGCCUCUGUGUUGAUAAACCGUGACAAGACAAGAAGACGGAGAACCGGACCAAAAGGGGGCCAAAAACUCACCAGGUAUGGCGGCAGUGUUGCCGAGAACCCUGGGUGAGCUGCAGCUCUACCGCAUCCUGCAGCGAGCCAACCUGCUCUACUACUACGAGGCCUUCAUCCAGCAAGGCGGCGACGACGUGCAGCAGCUGUGCGAGGCCGGCGAGGAGGAGUUCCUCGAGAUCAUGGCGCUCGUCGGCAUGGCCAGCAAGCCGCUGCACGUGCGGCGCCUGCAGAAGGCGCUGCGCGACUGGGUCACCAACCCGGCCGUCUUCAACCAGCCGCUCACCUCGCUGCCCGUCUGCAGCAUCCCCGUCUACAAACUGCCCGAGGGCUCGCCCACGCUGCUCGGCGCCCAGGACCGAUCCAACACCGCCAGCGUCAAGAUGCCAAAAGCCGCCGCCGUAACCGCCGCCGCCUGCUCCGACCCAGGGAAGCUGGACGUGGCGCGGGACAAAGUGUCGGCCGGGUCGCCCCUGCAGGGCGGCAGCGAGGCUCGAUUCUGGUCGGGCCACAGCAACGACAGCGAGCACAGCCUGUCGCCGUCGGACCUCGGCUCCCCGUCCUCGCCGAGAGACGCGCUGGAGGCUCUGGACGCUGCGGCGGUCCAGUCGGUCCUGGAGUGCGUGGACCGGAUGGCGCCGGGGCUUCCCAAGACGGACUUAGCCGAGGUCAAAGAGCAGCUGAAGAACAACAAGAAGCUGGCAAAGAUGAUCGGACACAUCUUCGAAAUGAGCGACGACGAGCCGCGGCGGGAAGAGGAGAUCCGAAAAUACAGCGCCAUCUACGGACGCUUUGACUCCAAGAGGAGGGACGGAAAACACCUGACGCUGCACGAGCUGACGGUGAACGAGGCGGCGGCCCAGCUCUGCAUGAGGGACAUGGCUCUGCUGACGCGCCGGGACGAGCUGUUCGGACUCGCCCGCCAGAUUUCCAGAGAGGUCACUUACAAAUACACCUACCGCACCAGCAAGUCUCGCUGCGGAGACAGAGACGAGCCGUCCCCUAAAAGGAUUAAAACAGAGGAGAACUUCUUCGACAUCCAGGAGGCGCUGCAGGCCAUCCACAUGAGGCAGGAGAUGCUGCGGGAGCAGCUGGCCUGCGCCAAGUCCAAGGGGGAAGAAACCGUCGGACGAAAUCUGCAGAUUGUUUGUGUCCAUCAGAUGCAGCUGGAGCGUCUGCUGGCCAGGCAGAUGGAGAUCCUGCAGGACGCCGCCGUCCAGGAGCGCCUCCAGGCUCUGGACUGGAGGAUCCCCCCCGCCGCCUUAAAGUACCUCAGCGACGCCCAGAACACCAACGGAGCCGACGCCAGCAGAGACAGCCAAGAUGAACGACCAAUCAACUUGCGUGUGGUCAGUCAGAACAUGCAAGAAGGCGAUCUCCCAUUGGGCAAGCAGCUAGCCAAUGAACUGAAGCGCCAUCACAACCACAACAACAACCACAACAACAACAACAGCAACACAGAAGAGACCAAAACAUCAGCAACAGAAAACGGAACGUCGCAGCGAGCGUCCAGCAACCCAGAGAAGAAGACCAUCAAGUCAGAGCCGGAAGACUCCACAUAGUGCCUCCCGCCUUGCCCUACCACCAACCCCCACUUGCACCCCCAAUUCAUUCUACUCACACUUGACAGUAUGCAGUUAUUACCCAUCAAUAGAUACUAAGCAAGCACAGCCACAGUAGAGCCUUAACAACCAAUGUUGCCUCAUGAAUAGCAUUUUUUUUCUUUGAUUUUGUCUUUCUGUUUUGACGGUAUUCGCCAAAGCAUCUAGAGAGCAUGUCAAGAAGCCGUACACGUUAGAUGUACAUGUAAUUUAAGAGUGAUCUGUUUGUGUACUUUUUAUGUGUCCAUGGGUGUUAUGUUUGUUGCUUUCUUUGCACAGCCAGGUUACAGGCUGUGAUGCCGGGGGCUGAGUCUUAACUCAAACGUAGAUUCAGAGAUGAGAUAAAAUAAUAAUAAUAAAUUGAAUUUAUAUAGUGCUUUUCACGAACAAAAAGCAGAAAUGUUGGCUUUUUUCACUGCACGUCUUCAGCAUCUUGGUAACACUUUAUAUGACUACCGGUGUAGCCAAUAUUUUUCUUCACUUACUUGGACCUUAAAACUGAAGCGACAGAGUGAAAUAUCUCCACAACUAUGGAAGAAUUUGGUACAGCCAUUCAUGUCAUUAACAACAUGAAUUGUACAAAUUUGGGUGAUUGAGCGCAGUCAUGAAGGCAAAGCGCAUUUGUCCAAUACUUUGGUCAAUGACCAAAUACCUGUGAGACUAAUUCCAUUCCCAUCAGUGUCAGUGGUGCUAAUUACCAAUGCUAGCGUGCUAACAAAGAUGGUGACCAUGGCAAACAUAACUAACUAAACAUUGGCAUUUAGCUUGAAAGCAAUGCAAGUACAGCCUCACAGAGCUGCUUGACGUUUAGUCUAAUUAUUAUGAUGGAAACACAGUGUUGGUGGCUCUUGUAGGCAAGGUCACCGAAUCAAUAACCUAAUACAUAAUACUAUACAUACAAACCCAUAUGAAUACUUAUUGGGGAAAAAUAUCAAAGAUCAUCAGCACGUCAUAACAACGGGAGAUAUACAAAGCGUUAUCUAAUUUUGAGAUGUACGGUGGUUGUCUGUAGGCUGCAUUUGCUUCCAGAAACCCACUCUCCAGUUUCAUGCAUUUACAAGGCAACUAAAAUACAAAUAAGAACCAAGCUACAGUACUUGAGAAGACAUACUGCUCAUCAUAUAGUUGUUAAUAUGGUUAAUGUAUGGAAUGAGGUAAAUUAAUAUAUGAACAUAUUGGACUCUCUGUCACCAGGCAAGCUGGAUGCAGGAUUCCAGAUAUGAGCAAAGAAAGUAAAAAGAAUACAACAAGAAGAUCUUAAAAAAACUACCAGCAAUAGCCAAAGAUUUAGCAUUUAGCUGGAGGCUUAUUGUCAUUUCCCUGGCUGUCGCCCCGCGUCUUCUGGCCCUCCGUCAUUCUCCCGAAUCUAACAUAGACGUCUGCGUUUGUACUGUAACUCAAAAGGUGUAAAGGUACUGUAGGGAGAUUGAGUUAGGAUUCAGCCCCUUUAGCAGGUUCGUUUUUCUGCCAUACACUUCAAAUGGGAAAAAAACAGGAGAGGUUGGAUGAAUCCUUCCUUCCUUGCUCUUGUCUUGUGUAUAUUUAUGGAAGGUAAUUUAAGAAGAGGAUGUAUAGGAGCUGUUGUGGAGUAACAGCAGGGGACCUCUGUCAUUCGUCUCGGUAGGAUGGCUGGCAUGCCGGAGGCCGAGCUAAUUGCUUCAUUUCACUUUGUAAUUUAGCAAAACACUGCUGUUGAAGCGACACCACGCAAAUACAAGGGAGUAUUUCAGGAAUUAUUUUUUUUUUUUUUUUUGUAAGCAAUGAUCCAACAAGCUUUCAGCAGGCCCCACGGGUUGUCAAAUUCCACCCAAUGCGUAAACCUUCAACUGAAUCAAAUAUAAAGGAUUGCAGGUGUGUGGUUUUUCAACAGCAGCAGCAAAAAGCAAAAAUUCCUGUAAAUAGUACCGUGAUAACAAAUCGUGCGAGCCUAAUCUCUCAACCAGGGUUUUCCUUUGUCAAGUGUAACUUUGCUGUAGAUUUUUCGGUGUCAAUACAGUGUUUAUGUGCGUAGAGCAAAAAGGAAAAAAAAGAAAACUUAAGUGUCGUUGAGGAAAAAAACACAACCGCGUGAAUGUGUCUGGUAUAUAUAAAAAAAAACACGCUUUACAUGAUGAUAAUGUUGACUAGCCUUAGCUCUUAACAGUGUUUAAUCCACCUGUGAUGGCCAUCAGUGCAUAUUUCAAAGAUGUGUUGUUGCUGUUUAGAGGUAGAUACAUAGCAAAAUAAGUGUCCACUGUGUUUUUAUGUGUUCGCCACACUGUGUACUGUAAAUAUGUCUGGUUUGGUCCACGAUGAUAAUAAUCUCCAGACAAGUUGGUCUAACUCUCCUUUCACCCCCCGUACUCCCUGCGGAUAGUUUAGUCUCACUCAGCGUAACGGCAGACAAAUGCAAUAUUUAUGUAAGUAAUAAGUCCUGCAUACUAUAUGGAACCAUUAUUUUGUCAUGUGCUCAGUAACUGUACGUCCGUCAUGACCUUCAGGGUGGGAAUUCACCUGCAACGUGGGGAAAUGUUUGUGUCGUCUCACUUUUAGUGCCGCAGGGUACUGUGUUUGUAUUUCAAGACAUUGUUCCAGCAACGGAUUUGUUGUUGAUCUAGUUUUGCUAAAGCUCAACUAGCUGGUGAAUUCCGGGAGCUAAAGUCCAAUGUGGUCCGGGGACAAAACGCCCUCAGCCGGGUUGGCUCAAACACUGGCAUUGUUAGCGUAAGCGUGACAAUUGUACGAUGUUGCAGAGAAUAGCGCGCGUCUGACCUGCCGUCUCACUGAUCACCGAUCUCCUCACUGUUUAUUGUAAAAUGUGAUAGAUUAGGCUUCACCUAGUUAUGCACCUGUUUUUUAAACACUAAUAUAUUUUAUUUGUUAUACAGCACAUAAACAUUAAACUUUAUUUUUUUGAACUCUA